AUGGCAGCUCGUAAGUUCUUGUUUGAUGAAACUAGUGACACAGAAGUAGAAGACAGUGUUCUGUCCUUAUCUAUUAUCAGCAGACGCAGUACUGUCAGAGUCACAAGUGUCACACACACCGAAAGUUCUACGGCUGGUGCUGUUCCAAAUUACAGUCAGGCAGAAACACAGGAGCCAAGCUGCUAUGCAUAUUUUGAGUACAGUCAGAGUAAUCACUGUGAAGGUGAAACUGAGGCUGACUAUUGUGAAGGUGAAACUGAGGCUGACUACUCUGGGCCUGGCAGUAAUUUAGAGUUAGGUAGCUUGCCGCAAACCGAAGCUCUUCUUGGACCCUCACAGCUGACACUAAACAACCUACCAACUGUAACACAGGGGUUGUAUUCACAGUUUGAUCUGUCAAAUGAAGAGCUUACUUUUUCUACUGAUGAUGAAGAGUUACCUCAUUUACACUCGCUUAAUGAAGUGAAUGUACACAGGAAAGCACAGACAGUAAUUACACCUGGUAACAAUGCCUUUUCCUUUUCUUUCGUCUACACUGGAGACAGUUUAGUGUGUGAUGGAGAACUCCAAGGUGAAACAAUGACACAAACAAUUAUUACAGGAAAAGUCUGUGGAGAUAAAUUCACUGACUAA